AUGGCUACUAGAGGAGCCACGUUGAGGAGUGGUCGAGCACCGAGGGGUCAUACGGCCGCCAGGGACGUGCCAACCACGGGGUCUGACCGGGAUCCCCCUGCUUCGAGAGGUGACGACCCCAAGCAGGAAGCCUUGCCUACCGGAAUGGAGGAAGGCGGCGCGCGUGGUCGGGAUGACCACCGCGGGAAUAAUCCAAACAACACCGGGAGCGCAGCCGCUGCAGCCAGGCGCGCUCGUAGAAGCUUAAGCUUGAAUAGUUUUAAUAGGUAUAUGGUAGACACUGAGAUUAAUAGUGUCUAUAGAAGCUCUGUGAAUGAUGCACAGACUGUUGUUACUGAAACUAAGGAACUCAUUACAUCCUUGAUGGAUAGGUUAAGUAGAAUUGAGAAUGCCAUUAAUAUGAAUGGUAGCAUUUUUGAGGUUUCCCGUGCACCAGAGGACUCCGAUAACAGUCACGGUCGCGAAGAAUCGCAGGAAAUUGCAAUUGAUAAUGAUUACUUACAAAUUCAGGAAAUGGAAAGGAAACUCACUGAAAUGAAGAAGGCAUAUACGAGACGAUAUCAAUCCAUUGAAGUUCAACCGAAAACUGAGAGACGUGGUAUAUCCACCACUCCCAUGUCUCAUGAUGUCGAAGAUCUUAUCACGCAAGCGGCGCGUCAACAAACGCAGGCUAGACGGACAGAGGCUAUUAAGCCUAGCAACCAGUUACCCGCGGAAAGUUUACUCGGACAGCUUCUGGCCAACCCGAAAGGUAAUAGCGGCAAGGAGCAUGCCGAGUUAAGCGCCCGAGCACUGGGACCGUUGGACACCGAGGGACACAUAAUAAAUCCCGCGAGAUUCAAACCGUUACCGCCUACAGCCCCGGAUAAGUAUCAUGGCGAUGCAGACUUUAUGAAAUUUUACAAAUACAUUACUCAGUGUGACAGAUUUUGUAAAGAGGCUGCAUUACCUCCCCAGGAUCAAGUAGUGAAAUGUGCUGAUUACCUCGCCGGAAAAGCAUACAAAUUCUACUCUACAAUGGUGUCCAUAAGUGUAGACUCCUGGGACAGGCAACGAUUCUUUACUGAACUUUAUAAUUAUUGCUUCCCACCCGAUUACAGACUGAAACAAAGAAAGAAACUCGAGAAGUUUUCUCAAGGAUCAAUGACUGUGGCUGAGUAUGCUGCCGAAUUAUUGAUUUUAUUCCGCAUUGUGGGAAAGUCUACUCCUUCGCAACGCGUAGAUCGUUUGUGGAACGGAUUGAAACCUGAAUUACAAUCCGCCCUUUGGAAGGAAGGACUCGACUACGAGCAAAAUACAUGGGAUGAAGUCAUUAGAAUUGCUACUCGCUAUGAAGUUGCGCAUGAAAUUGAAAGAAAUCAACGACAAUAUAUAAAAUACAAUAAGCAAUACUAUGUUUCUGGUAAAUAUGACUACAAGACACAUGAUAACAACUAUGGUGUAAAUAAUGACGACGAGCCGAGUGACAGUGAUCAUGGUCAACUUUCAUCGGGGGGAACAGAUGAUGACUCAGAUCAAGACAAGGAAGACAAGGUGUUAGCUUUACCUCAGGAUUCAAAUGUGAAAGCUAGCGGAUAUGUCCGAAAUGCCCAAAUUAAAUGCUACAGAUGCGGGAAAACUGGGCAUAUCGGACGUCACUGCAGGAAUGUUCGCCGAAACAUCUCGUCUACAUAUAACGAGUCACCGAGUGUAAGCAACCGUGACCGUGAGCUCGAUAGUAAUAGCGAGAAUGAGCACCAUGGAGCAACAGACCAGACUGCCAGUGGUUUGGGAUCAUAUUUCAUGGAAGUUGAAGUGGCUAUGUGUGACAUUGCAGACACAGGGUUGAACACAGAUAUUUACAGUUACAGUGACCACUCUGCUAUUGAUACUACGGCCUCACAAGGAACUAAUGUUGAACUGAGCGAAUUACACGUUAAUCAAAUCCUCGUAUCCGAAGAUUUGGAGGGCGGGUGGACACAACUUGCACAAACCGUGACAGCCCAACUUCAGGAUGAAGAUGUUGACCUCGAGCCGGAGAAAAUUGCUACAUCCCUUUUUGAUGCAGAUUCUUUGGUUAAACAAGGUAUCGAGUGUCAGAAAUCUUGCCCUAUCGAGUUCACCCAUGAAAGCGGCGACAUAAGUCAUUCCUUUGGAAUGCCUGGAGGGCGUAUGUGA